AUGGCUAACGGACAUAACAUGGGUAAGCGCACUCACGGUUGGAUGUCCAUGUUGCCGUGUUCGCUGAAUAUACACGCCCGGCCACAGGAUGAGACGCCUAUCAUGCCCCCGUCAUACAAGCCCGUCUCUUUUAUUUUGAAUCGCCCCUUGAAGCGUCCCGAGCCCCCUAACCCUCCAGACCCGGAGGCACAGAUCACGCCGAUGUCGUUGCCUCCGGUCAAAUACCUUCCUCCGCCAAUCAAGAAGAACAGGAAGAAGGAAAAAGACGUGUAUGAUUCCCUCAUCAUACGGAUAGAUGGUGUGCCCCAUCUCGAAAUGGACGGAGACUUCGUGUCUCUCGUGUACGAGAGGCGCUCCGGUCCGCAGUCGAGGUACCCGAGGGAUAUCCCGGAGCCUGGGGUCAACAAGAAGCCCAGAGGCCGUCCAGUACCUACAAAAGAAUCAGGGGAACGGGAGGGUACAACAUAUACCUGUAGGAUCUGCCACAAAGCCUUCAAACGGUCGCAACACAUGAAGCGCCACAUCCGCUCAUUGCACAUGCACAUGGAACACACCUUCGUGUGUUCCUUGCCGUUCUGCACAAAGUCGUUUGCGAGGCGCGACAACCUCAUCCAGCAUGAGCGCAAGCAUAAGCUCUUCGGGGCAUUCCAUGACUGCACGAAGAACUUCGAAGGCGAACUCUUCCCGAAGUUUCUUCCUCAUAACGCCUCUCCCGAGAACCUCGAGCGCCUGCGCGAGUAUAUACGUCAGAUGGAUGCAGCGAUCGAAGAAGAGGAUUCAAGACCAGUUCACUUCCCGGGGCCUUCGAAAUAUUCCCGCGACUCCCCGCUGAUUGACGACGACUUGGCGGAGGUACUCGCUGCAGAGAAGGCAGAGGCAGAGGCUCGCAAGGCAGAUCUCGAGAAGCUCCUCUCCGGGCACCCGCCUGCGAUUGGGACAUCCCGCAACAUGCCUCUCUGCUCGCAGCCUGUCUUUCCUGCAGACUUCCAUUAUGGCGGUGUGGAUCGUUCCUGAUGUCUGAUGAAAGGAUACGUUAGCGAUGACCUGCUAUGCAUAUCGACAUGCUCACCUGCUCUCACUACACAAAUGCUCUCGCCCUGUUUCGUCGCUCUGCUAUCGUCGAACCUGUGUUGUGACUAUUCUUCGUGAUUGUAUUGUACACCGUGCGUCUCGGCAGUUUUGUUAGCUAUGCUCCCAGAAUGCUCUGAAAAGACUCUGUACCUACAACUAACAGCAUCUCGCACCUCCUUGUAUCAUUUGUGCUUACGCUACACCCGGCUUGUUUGUUAAACAAGUAUUGGCGCCAUGACGGGGUAGAUGUCUCAAUCAGCGCUUCUGGUGUUGUGCUACAGUCCGAGAAAUUGGAAUGCUGGACGAAGUGGAAGCAGGAUGGA